CAGAGGCCAGAAAGUCAGAGGGAGACUCUAUCCCUGGGGCAUCGUAGAGGGUAGGUGUAUGAGUGUUGCGUGUGUAUGUAAUGUGUGUCUGUGUAUGAACUUGUGUGUAUGUGUGCCUGCAGUGGAGAACCAGUCUCAUUGUGACUUUGUGAAGCUGAGGAUCAUGCUGAUCAGGACCCAUUUGCACGACGUGAAGGACAUCUCCUGUGACUGCCACUACGAGAACUACAGGGCACAGUGCAUACAGACCAUGACCAGUAAAAUGAAUACAGAUAACCGUGUGGAGAGCCCAAUCCCCAUCCUGCCCUUGUCCACCCCCGACAUGGAGACAGAGAAACUCAUCAAGAUGAAGGACGAGGAGUUGAGGACGAUGCAGGAGUGUUACAGGAGGGGGUCGCAAGCUUUCACCUCUCUCUUCUCACCUAAUGACAUGUGGGAGGUGUAA